AUGCUACGAGCUUCUGUCAUAAUCACCUCUCCGGUUGCCGUCAUAAAAGAGCUUCUUGAGAACAGUCUGGAUGCCGGUGCAUCUAGUGUGCAAAUCACAAUUGACCAAACAACCCUCGGUUGCGUCUCUGUUUCCGACAACGGCACAGGUAUAGCGCCAACAGACCGUGGAGUUGCAGCCGCAGCCAGUGCCACUUCCAAGAUCCGGACCUACGAAGAUAUUGAAACAACUACCACGCUGGGGUUCCGCGGCGAAGCAUUGGCAGCCAUCGCAGAUAUCUCUGGAAGUUCAACAAGCGGUGGCAUGACGAUGACAACGCGAGUUGCCAGUGAGAAAGUUGCUGUUCAAUGGCGGGUAGAUUGUGGGGGUCGAGCCUUAAGCGGAUCAUUAGCCCAUGUAGCUGCACCUGUGGGUACAAGUGUUACAGUGGAAAACUUGUUUGCACGAUACCCUGUGAGACGCAAGAUUUUGUUAGCAGAGUGCAGACAAACACUUCGAGCAGCGUCGAAGCUUGUUCUUGAAUAUGCGCUGGUGUACCCCAAUGCACGUCUUGAGUUUCGAGUUCGGGAAGUUGGCGGGGUGAGGAGAACUGGGGGCAGCAACCAGACCCGGGUAUACAACUGUGGGCGGACGGCACUUGAGCGGCUUGCUGGGGUAUUUGGGACCAAGGCUGUGAAGCAUUUAAUAAGUGGGGAGAUUUAUGAUUCAGGAGAAGGUGGGGGGACUUGGAAAUGGCGGUAUGUGGUACCUGUGAGGGUGGGAGAUGAGAUGGGGAACGGGACGACUCCGGUAACCAAUGUUUUUGCCAUCAACGGGCGACCGAUGAGGGGGAAGCACGGACAUGCGUUGCGGUUAGUGAAGAGGAUUAACGAGAGGGUUUGCGACCGGCGGGUGUGGGUUGUUUGCGUGGAGAUACCUGAGGGAUGGAUGGAUGUGAAUGUGGAGCCUGGGAAGGAUGACAUUGUGUUGCGAGAUAUUGAGGAGGUUGAAGUGCGGAUUGAAAUGUUUUUGGAGCGAGUAUUGGGGGGUCAAGGGGCUAUACAAGGGUUGGUCAGACCAGUUGAAAAGAUUGUCAGAUCAGUAAAGAGGUCUGCUAUACCAGUUGAAAGGCAAGCAGUUAUAUCAAUUAAAAGACUGGACAUACCAAUUGAAAGACCCGAACCUAAAGAUUGCCGAGUGGUGUUGUCAACGCAAGUAGAAAAGAAACUAGCAAUGUUCAGUGGAGCUAAAGUAGGAUUACAUGAAACCGCAAGACCUAAACCGGCAAUAGUAGCAACCAUCAGAGCCACUCUACCGAGAAUGAAUGCGAUCGGCAAGAGUAUGAGUAGACAUGAUGGGACCAAACAACAAGGUUUACGUGUAAGCGACUUUGAUGCAGUGCGAAGGCACGGACGUGAAAGCACACAAAGGAGAUUUGGACUGGGCGACCUGGGCAAGAAAAAGGUUUGUUUGAGUGUGCAGCCAAGGAGAGAUGAAGAAGGGGGGAAUAAGGAUCAGGAUAUGAAGUAUUUGGUAGAUGCAGCAGCUCGGGCAAAAAAUACGACGCUUGAGAAGUUUCUGGGGCCCAAACGUGGCUUAGAGGUUGUCAAGAAGAUUACGGGGAAAGUUUGCACAAUACAAGAAGGGAAAAAAAAAGAAGAAGAAGAAGAAGAGGAAGAAGAGGAAAAAGAGAUUAAAAUCUACGCGCGGUUUGUUAAAGGCCGAUUGAGAAAGUACGGAAUGGAGGUUGAAAGAAUCAAGGAAAUUGAAGAAAAGGAGUUUGUAGGUAGCGUGGAGGAGGUUUUGGGUAGCUUACUGGGAGAAUUUCAAGCAGUUCAGGAGGUAGUUAAGCCUUGUGGGGGGUUAUGGGCACGGAUAGUUUAUGUUGGUUGA